AAAAACUCAUCGAAUUGACGGAUUCUAAACUUUACAAAUUGAAACUUCAGAGUUCACUCAUUCUCACAUAUCGAUUUCAACUCCAAAUUUCUCAGAAACAACUUCAAACAAUGUCGAUUCAGAGGAGCUCGAAAAAACGAGGAUCGGAGAGCAUGCUCACUAAAUCGGAGCCGAAAACCCGACUCGUCGACGAUUUCGAUCCCGAUCUUCCCAGCGAUCUGAAAGGGAUUAUGUCUGCGCUACAGCUGAUCAGGGAGAAAGCACAGAAGGAUGGUCAGCAGAAGAAAGAAGAGACCAUUUCUAGUGUGGCAUCUGAGAUAAGGUCUAAAAAUGAUGAGCUGAAGGCAAAGCUUGAGAAGGAAAGACAAAGUUUUGCCAAGGCGCUUUCGAAGAGUUCAAAAGAGUGUGAAAAUUGCUUGAAGAAUGAGGCUGCCAGGUUCCAAGAGAUUUAUGAGAAGUUCUGCAAAGAGAAAUCUGCCCAUCUGCAGGCCUUGCAAGGUACUAUUUCCAGAUUCGAGGAAGACAAGGAAAUGCUAUUCAAGAAAUAUGAGCAACUGAGGAAGAGAGAAACGAAUAUAAUAUCUGAGAAUGAGAAGCUUUGUGCUGAUAAAAUCUCUCAACUGGAGGAAUCAUUGAAGAAAAAUAAGAAGGGUGACAAAUUUGUCAGCAUUGUGAAGAAAACCUUUGAUUCAAUUCUGGAUGAUGUCUCAAAGGAGGACCUCCUGGCUGAUGAUUAAAGAUUUAAAGAGACAAAUAUUGCAACAACUAUUUCAUACUUUGGAGAAUGUAGCUUACAGAGUAUAGUCCCAAAAAGUGAAAGGCAAUGGUGCAUUUCCGCCGUAUGGCAAAUUGAGAGGAAAAUUUGAAAAUCUUCUUUUAACAGGACCUCGAUUUUCAGAAAUUUUAGUAUAUCUCUUUAGUCAGAAGAAAAACAUUCUGUUGUG